AUGUCAGAGGGGGAGCAGGAUGCCCAUGGGAAGAAACCCAAGGCUGGCCGGAGGAAGAGGCCGCGCUGUGGGAGGGACGGGACAGACGGAUGUCGGUGCGGGGCUGAGGAGCUGCCGGGACUUGUCCUGGUGUCCCGCCGGGAUGAGGAGCACCCGGCCCAUCCUCUGCCUCCAGCUGUGGCUGUGGCGUGCUGUCCCGGCUGGAAGCAGGAAGGGAGGGAGUGCACGGCUGCGCUGUGCGAGGGGGAGGAGGCCUGCCGAGCAGACGAGGUGUGUGUGAGACCUGGGGUUUGUCUCUGCAAACCUGGCUUCUUCGGAGCAGACUGCAGUUCCCGUUUUAAAGACCAUGGGACCCUUGCAGCUGCCAUCCUUGUCCCUCUCCUGCUGCUGCUGCUCUGCAUUGCCUGCUGUUGCUGUGGAGCUGGCCCAGCAGACGCAAGAGACAGAGCGGCCGUGCCUGAUGAUGGUGUCCUGGCCAGGAUGAAGCACCACGUGCAGGGGGUGCUGGCAAACCUCAGUGCCAUGAUGCCUUGCUUUUCCCUGGGUGGCUACAAACUUCCCAAAGUCACAGCCCUGAGCACUGUGGGGUGCCGGGACCUCCCACCCCGCCCCCGCCCCGCCGGUACCUUCGGGGACGGAUGCCAGUUCCUCUGCCCCGAGUGCGUGUCGGGGACCUGUGACCCGGUGUCGGGAGAGUGUGUGUGCCAGGAGGGGUACUGGGGAGCCAGCUGCAACGACACCUGCCCCGAGGGGUAUUUUGGAGUGAACUGCUCUUCACCCUGCCAGUGUUCCCGGGGGACCUGCCACCCUGCUCGAGGGGACUGCGUGUUGAGUUUUAAAGACCAUGGGACCCUUGCAGCUGCCAUCCUUGUCCCUCUCCUGCUGCUGCUGCUCUGCAUUGCCUGCUGUUGCUGUGGAGCUGGCCCAGCAGACGCAAGAGACAGAGCGGCCGUGCCUGAUGAUGGUGUCCUGGCCAGGAUGAAGCACCACGUGCAGGGGGUGCUGGCAAACCUCAGUGCCAUGAUGCCUUGCUUUUCCCUGGGUGGCUACAAACUUCCCAAAGUCACAGUUUCCCACCACGACACAGAACUCCCCUUCACCCCCAGCUUCAUCGAGCCGCCGUCGGCCGCCUGGGUCUCAGACAGCUCCUUCUCCUCCUUCGACACUGACAACGAGGGACCCGAGUACUCUGUCCCUCCCAGAGAAGGUGACAUCCAUCUGCACGAGGGGGUGUCCCCCCCUGGGGAGGCACUCCCAGACCCUUCUGCCUUCAACUCCGAGGACGUCUCGCUGCCCUUCGACAUCCCCCGCACCUCCAGCAUCGCCAAGGCCAAGCGUCCCUCCGUGUCCUUCGCUGAGGGGACCAAAUUCGGGGCAGUGGAGACCCCCAGCCCCAGUCGGAAGCCCAAAACCCCAUGGGGCCCAUCCAAGCUGUCCCAGCCCCUGGGGGACGCAGCGGCCGAGCUCCCCCCUGAACGGCCAAAAAGCAUCAGGGCUGAAGAAGGGGUCAGAGAUGUUGUAGGUGCCACGGAGAGGGGCAAAAGCCCUGAGCUGGUCCUCAGCCUGGAGUCGAAGGGACAGGCUGCCUCGGAGGAGGAGCCAAAAUACGAGAACGUGACCAGUGGCAGUGCUGAUUCACUCCCCAGCCCUGCCAAGGAGCCACCAGCCCCCCCUGCAGCCACCUGA